AUGGCGUCCGGAGACGCCGAGAAGCACGAGCUCAACGAGCCCUGGGCCAUCUGGGAGCAGCGCGAGCAGGGGAAGAACAUGUCGUACGGCGACAAGCUCUUCAAGCUCUGCACCUUCAGCACCGUCGAGGAGUUCUGGGGCUACUGGAACAACAUCCCGUCGCCCAGCCAGGUGCUGUUUGACGGCUUCACCCGCAAGAAAUUCGCGGACCGGACGGUCGAGGGCUUCGCCGUCUUCAAGGAGGGCAUCGUGCCCGAGUGGGAGGACCCGGAGAACAAGAACGGCGGCGAGUGGUCCAUCCGGAAAGAGGUGGGAGCUCAGGAGCUGGACGAGUUCUGGGAGAAGCUAGUGCUAGGUGCCAUUGGAGAGCUCAUUGACCCGGGCAACGAAGUCACGGGCGUCCGAGUGAUCCACAAGAACAACAAGAAGGACAAGCGAGACUCGGGCAACAACUACCGCUACGAGAUCUGGCUGCGAGGCGUGAACCGCGCCAAGGCGGACGAGAUCCGCAACAAGACGCUGGAGGUCAUCAACCCGGGCAGCUCCGGCGCGCCGUGGGUGUCCAAUGAGAAGCUGCUGUCUCCGAGGCGCAAAAUCAUCUACGGACUGUUCGCCUUCGGCCCGGGUACAGUGCUGGGGCUGUAUCUCUACUCGGUCAAGAGGCGGAUGGAGCGCGAGAACGAGGCGCUGCGUCUGGAGCAUGUGGAGAGCGAGCUGGGCGCCGUGCAGGAGCAGCAGAACAAGGACCUGGCGCUGGCCUCCGCCAUCCAGGAGAUGCGCGACCGACUGCGACGACUGGAGGAGGAGGCCGUGGCUAGUCGACAGAACGCUGAGAAGCUGCAGCUGAGAGCAAGAUCGAGGCUGCUUUGGCCAUUCUCAAGUCCAAGGAGCAGCCUGACGAGCAGAACCAAAAGGCGGCCUCGCCGGCGUGGCUCACCUCGUCGUUGGACGGCGUGCAAGGACGCAGAAACAAACGCCAUCAGGAAAUGCUGCAGCAGGAUGUGGCGGCGUACGUUGCCAAGCAGAAGGAGGACUCUAAGUAAAUCAUUGGCACCCUGA